GCCGAUGACGGCGCGAGCCGUCGCGAAGAGCUUAAACGUCGACCUCGAGACGGUCACGCGCCUCGUCCGACACGAGCUCCGCGACGUCCCGCUGCGACCGGAUCCGGCGCCGCUGACGGUGUUGUACGAGGACGAACACGUGCUGGCGGUGGAUAAACCCCCGGGAGUGAUGACAUACCCCGCGCACCGCCUCAGAGGCGGCAGCGUCGUGAACCGGGCGGUGCAUCACCUGAGGGGUGUUACGCGAGAUGGCAGCGGCGGCGGCGCCGGCUUCGGCUUCGGCGCCGCGACGGAACCGAUCGCGGUGCACAGGCUCGACCUCGAGACCAGCGGGGUUUUGAUGCUCGCGAAGGAUAAGCCCUCCGCGAGCGCGCUGCAGGGCGCGUUCGAGCGAAGGGAAGCGCGGAAGACGUACCUCGCCGUGUGCGCGAUACUGGAAGACGCGGCGAACGCGUCGGACGAGUCGGACGACGAUUUCGAUUUCGAGAGACACCCCGGACAUCGACGGCGAGAACGACGACGGCGGGCGGUGCAUACGCGCGGUGACGCCGGACGGGAAGCCCGCGAGCACAGAUUCACGGGGAAGCGAAUCGUCGGCACCGCGCUCGUGCUCGCGCGGCCGCUGACGGGGCGGACGCAUCAAGUGCGGUUGCAUCUCGCGCACGCGGGGCUGCCCAUCGUCGGCGACGCGUUGUACGGCUACGACGACGCGUUGCGUCCCGCGUCGGGCGGGUUCGAAGGCCGCAUGGCGCUUCACGCGUGGAACCUCGCGGUGAAGCACCCGCGGACGAAAAACACGAUGCGACUGGCGGUCGACAUGCCCGCGGACAUGCAGGCGCUGAGCGUCGGUUUGGGGCUGCGCGUGGAGGGGGUCUUACUCGGCGACGCGGCGGCGGCGGCGGCGGCGGCGGGGGCGGCGAAGCGAACCUCAACCUCCGCGCGGACGGGGUCGGACGGCGCCGCGGAAGCGCGCGAGGCGGUGGAGACGCAGCGAACGGUGCGACGCCGAGCGACGCGGCGGGCGAGCGUGAAAGGCGUCGUCCGCGGGAGGCGCGACGCCGCCGCGGGCGUCGCGGAAGACGCGUGA